UCACUUUCCUUCCAUCAUCUGCUGUGCAUCGCCAUCUCGCAUCGCGCUGUAUGAGCUGCGCGUCCGCGCGAUGGGCGCAGUCGAGCAUCAAGCUCUGUUGGCGGACACUGCGUCCACGGCUAACCAGGAAACUGCCGGACCAGCCUUCCGCCGCUACGUCGAACUUGUUUAAUUGCAUGAGAGCCAGGUCAGGCACUCGAGCGUGUCAGCGUCUGCAACCUCCUCUGCCAAGCCGUCAGACAUCGUAUUGAAGAGUCGUCACCUUGACCACAAAGCUCUGAAUGAGUAUGAAGAAAGGCUGCCCGAGCAUAUUGCAAAACUUGAACGCCUGACAGGACACCAAUUCAAUGACCCAGACUACGCUCGAGCUGCACUAUGGUCGUCCAUCCUUGAACUGGAUGGGCAAGCCAUCCAAGCCACGCAAGCAGGGCUCGCACAAAUCGGAGACGCCGCUCUGAAAACGCUGUAUUUUACGCGUCAUUUUCCGAACAUCACAAACACGCUUCAGAGACAAUUCGACAUUGUGGCCAGCAAUGUCCACUUGGCCCAGGUCUUCGUUGCCCUCCAACUCCAAGACUUGUCCGUACAGAUCGACAAUUCGAGUUUGCCACGGCAUAGAGCUACGUUGGUCGAGGCGAUUAUCGGCGCGGUGUUCCUGGAUUCGGGGCUUAACAUGACGGUCGCUGAUAGCGCCAUUUCCGCCAUGCGCAUUUUCGACAUAGGUUCUGAGCUCUCAGAUGAACCGCAGCCUCGCGUUACUUACAGGGACAAGCGGCGAUCGCGAUCCAGACGAGAACGCGAGCCAGUUGUUACGAGCACAGUUGUUGCUACCAAGUCCGAUGCUUCCAGUACGGCCUCCAAACCGUUCGCGCAGGGAGCUCAGAUUGACAGCAACCUCCUUCGACCCUCUCCUCCGGAAGAACUACCUGCAUCCGGUUCAGAUGAGGAGAUCUCCAGAAACCACAUCAAGUGGCUCAAGCGCUCACGACACUUCCUCGGGCUGGCGUCAACCAGGCCAGGCUGGGUGUUACGAGGCCUAGGCGGAUCCUUGAGUACUGUUUCCGGAAUCCAAAGUCUAAUGAAGAAACACUCCGAACGGAAACAAUGCGCAGACCCAGGUUCUCUACUGCAUACGGCUGAGGCCAUGAGAACCCGCGCGUACGAGAAGCUGCUGCGACAUAAACGUCAGAAUGAUCUUGCGAAAGCGCAAACCUCAGAUCUGCGUACACCAACAAAUACAUAUGCACAAUAUCAUAUCUAGUGCUAUUGAGCCCGAUUCUCAGUCGAUGCGAACAUACUGCAACAAGCACAGAAUGGUAAAAGUUGUGCGGCGGUCCGGACGAGAGCAUUGUCUUCCGCACACGCCAGCUGUGGGAUUAAUCCACAGCACCAUUAAACUUGAGAACCCAUCAUCUAACCACAGGGGUAUUUAGGCCUUGUUCAUCACGCGGUGCCGCGAUGUAUGUCCAUGGGUGCCGAGUUUUGAUCAACUGAGCAAUGGCAAUCGCUCAACAGCUUCGAUAGUGCUUUCCUAAGCUAUUGAGGCGUUGGGCACGAUCCUACGACCUAUGUGCGGUGCUGGCACACAGACUACGUUAGCAUCAGGCAACUCGCAUUGUGUAGCUAAUUGUUCUCAAGCAUUACCAUCGAACAUACGCUGAAUCACAACUGAUCAUCGACAAGCGCAGGAUUGCGGGGUCUUUCAGGACAAGCUAACCAAGCGGAGACACU